GCAGCCAUUCAGCAGUGGGAUGGAUCCUGACUACUAAAGAGGGAGAGAGAGGGAGACAGAAAGAGAAACGGAGAGAGAGAGAGAGAGCAAGAAAUGGGGGAGUGGUGGAAGAGAGAGAGGAAGCGAAAAAGAGAGUGAAAGGUUCCACACGGCAGAAUAUAAAUCUGUAUGUUAACAGGAAUAAAGCUGGAGGUCUCGAAGCGGCUUUAAUGGUUAUGCUGGUGGGGGGUGGACAUACAGCAUCAAGAGGUGGUCUUCCCUAUUAAAUGAGGAUCUGUGCAAAUAAGGAAGUAAAAUCCGUGGGAGCUGUGAACGCCGGUUGUCAAGCACAGUGGUGGUCUGGUCGGAGGUCUCUGACCCCCUCAUUUUUAUUUCUGGAAGAAACAAGAAGAGCAAAGACACGAGCGAAAGAGGAAGGUUGCUGCGAGGGACCAGUGAGCCGUUUCUCUCUUUAUUACUUCCAUUCACAAAACCAUUGCAUCCCAUUAUCACAGCGAUGUAGAGGCAUUCUCUCCGGUUAGAGGAGGAAGGGUCCCAUUGACUGCUGAGGCUUAGCACCUCUCUCCAAACGCUAGCCCUUUUCAUUGCGGUCCCCCCCCCCCCCUCAUUUCUCGCCUCUAUCCUUUACGUCCGCUGUUUUCUCUGUUCUUCUCUCUUUUCUUGUCCCUUGUAUUCUUGUCCCUUUUCACACCACUCAGGAAUCAGAAGACAUUGCGUUUUGGUAGAAGUGGGUGUUUCUGGAGCUGUCAUUGUGUUUGGUGCCGCUACAAAGGACAGCUGAGCAGGGAGUGAGAGACAGCUUUGGAGAUAAUAAAAUAACAGCCUGAAAGAAAAGGGGGGACCUGGGACUACAGGAACAGCUGACAACCACUGGAAGGUGAAUUGUGAUGAAAAGAAAACUGUUACAGAGACUGACAACCAUUUUAAGGUAGCUAUUUAUUGAGACCAUUACCACUUCUUGAGGAAAUAAAGAAGCGGUGUGCCAAGCCAACACUGCCGAUUGGAUUCUGCUAUUGCUGUUGCUAAGCAAAGUCUUUAACCUGAAGUUCUUGGGCAGACAGUAUUCAGCAUCACUCUACAGCCAUGAAAGGAAACUCAGAGGAAAGCAUUGAAAGCAUCAGGCCCUCCAACCUGCAAGCUUUUGCUAACAUAUCCACCCUACAUGGCAUGAGUCACAUAUUUGCUUAUGGGCACAUGACUUUCCGUCGGUUUCUUUGGAGUCUUUCCUUCCUUGGGUCACUAAGCUUAUUGAUGCUGGUCUGCAUGGAUCGAGUGUCGUAUUACUUGGAGUAUCCUCACGUCACCAAGCUGGACGAGGUGGCGGCGACGAAUCUCACCUUCCCAGCUGUUACCUUCUGUAAUCUCAAUGAGUUCCGCUUCUCCCAAAUCACCAGAAAUGACCUGUAUCAUGUGGGAGAGCUCCUGUCCCUCCUUAAUAAUAACUACCAAAUAGCCAACCCACACUUGGCUGAGCCCGAGGUCCUGGCUGCCCUAAAGGAUAAGGCAAACUUCCAGAACUUCAAGCCCAAACUGUUCAACAUGACUGAUUUCUAUAACCGAACAGGUCAUGACAUCGGGGAAAUGCUUCUGCAGUGCACCUUUCGAGGAGAGGAUUGCUACCCGGUGAACUUCUCCACAAUUUACACACGCUACGGAAAAUGCUACACAUUCAACUCUGGAUUAGACGGCAACCCUUUGUUGACCACGUUAAAAGGUGGCACGGGGAACGGCUUGGAGAUCAUGUUGGACAUUCAGCAGGAUGAAUACCUGCCUGUUUGGGGAGAGACAGAUGAGACCUCCUACGAAGCAGGCAUCAAGGUUCAGAUCCACAGCCAGGACGAGCCGCCCUUCAUUGACCAACUGGGAUUUGGUGUGGCCCCUGGUUUUCAAACUUUUGUGUCAUGUCAGCAGCAACUGCUUCAAUACCUCCCUCCGCCUUGGGGAGAUUGCAAGUCUACUCCCAUAGACUCUGAAUACUUCUCCACGUACAGCAUCACCGCCUGCCGCAUUGACUGUGAAACCCGCUACCUGCUGGAGAACUGCAACUGCAGGAUGGUUCACAUGCCUGGGACCUCAACUGUUUGCACACCUGAGCAGUACAAAGACUGCGCUGAUCCAGCUUUAGACUUUUUGGUAGAGAAAGACAACGAUUACUGUGUCUGUCAGACGCCCUGCAACAUGACUCGCUAUGGCAAGGAGCUGUCCAUGGUUAAGAUCCCCAGCAAGGCAUCUGCUAAAUAUCUGGCUAAGAAAUUCAACAAAACUGAGCAAUAUAUCGGAGAAAAUAUAUUGGUCAUGGACAUCUUCUUUGAAGCUCUGAAUUACGAGAAGAUUGAGCAGAAGAAGGCCUAUGAAAUUGCAGGGCUUCUCGGUGACAUUGGAGGUCAGAUGGGGCUGUUUAUCGGAGCCAGCGUCUUAACUAUACUGGAAAUAUUUGACUACCUAUAUGAGGUGUUUAAGGAUAAAGUUUUGGGCUACUUCAUACGCAAGAAACGACCACAGCGUUGUCAGAGCGACAAUCUGUCCAUUGUCCCAUCUCCACUCAAACAACCCGACAGUGAAGAGUUUCCAGAGAACCCAACCAGCCCUGGUGUCACGCCUAAUCAUGCCCCCAGAGCACCUGUGACACCCUCCGGAGUCACUCGGACAGUCUCGGAUUCACGCCGAACAUGUUACCUCGUCACCCGACUCUAGGCAACUUUGAGGAGUUUGCUUGUUGACAACAUAAAGUAGGGGUUCGGGUUGGGGUGGCACAUCUGGGGACUUGACAGCAAACUGUGAAAUAAUGUACGUAUUUAACAGAAAGCGUUUGAGCGUAUAACUCCGAAACGUUUAGUAGAGUUUAUCAAUGCCUGAAUAGAAAUAGAGAACUAUCAUCAGAAGAAAACAAAAAAAAAGAGAGAGACCACUUCCAAAACAGAACUCAGGUUUAACUGCCAUGUCAAGGCAUCAGUUAAUUUAUUCAUGUUUCAUUUUGUGGAUUUGUUUUUCUCACGCUCUCACUCUUGAGUUGUACAAUCAGUGAGAAGAAAUGUGUCCAACAAAAGGCUUUUGGACCCGUGACGAGAUGUAGCACUGUUGUGCUCACUUUGCUCUACGUCAAUCAAAAAAAAAAAAAAGAAUACAUGUGGAUUGGUGUGCGAAGCAGUUUCUCAACAGUGUUACGUCUCCAGCAUCUAACCAAUGCUGUAGUGAGUGACCUCAUACUGUCACCAGUGUGAACAGGAGAGCCUUUUCAGACAUCCACUCAACUUCAAUGAGCUGAUUGUUGGAUAAAAGAGCUGCUCAUACCUGAAUCCAAACACUGGACUGGUGUUUAAUGUUGCCUUUUGCUACUGUGAAGCUUUGGGUUGUCUCAUGGAUUACAAGACUGUGCUUAAUCAAUUUAAAAACAGAAAAGGAACUUGAUUAUUUGUAUAUAUGCAAGUUUUGUUCCACGUGGAUGGCAGAAACUACCGAAAUUGGAUGUGUUUUGUUAACUUAAGUCACUUUUUACAUGCAGUAAGGGUUAAAAAAGAAUCAGGAGGCCAAAAACAAAAAGGCUGUUGAUUGUAUCUUUAUAUCCUGAUAUUUCAAUUUUGAUUGUUUUCCCAUUUUUUGGGAUGGCGUUGCUGUGCUGACUGUCAUAAAGGAAAACACUAGCAUGCAGCUUGCUGCAGAGGCUGGCCCUUAUUUACAUCGAAUUCAUUAGAGGAUAAACAAUCAUUGUUUCCUUUUGCCUUCUUAAUAAGUAUCGGAUACAGUUUGUCCGUUGCUGUGUCUUAAAGGUGUUCAUCAGCACAACCCCCUGUGAUAGCAAUCUAUUCUCUAUUGAACAUAAGUAGACUUUAAAAGGCGUGUUGGUGACAUUCCUUAACUUGACAGAAAUUUGUAAAUACC